AUGUCAGUACGAAGCUCUGAAAUCCGGCUCUGUGUCAAUACCAACACUGAAAUAGCUGGCCGUCGCUCCAUCGAUCCUCUCACAUUCAAUCUGCCCACCGAAAUCGUCAGCGAGAUCUUCGCGUUGACUCUCUGGUGCCCAGCCCCACUCAGCUAUAGUACUUUUGCUCCUGCGCAGCAGGAAAAGGGCAACGGUGCAGCGUUAAAACUAGGCGCCGUAUGUCUCGCAUGGCGAGAGAUAGCAUGGGCGACGCCGCAACUCUGGACAAAUUUCUACCUCCACAUCGACAUAGACAGCCACUGCAACGAUAACAGCACACAUAACACCUCGUUUCAGCUCGCGAAUGCUUGGUUUGCACGCUCUGGACACCUCCCACUGUCACUGCAGAUACACGUCCCGCUCAAAUCACUCCCGCGCAUCCUUGCAUCUGUAGCCGGUCACAGCUCAUUUGCAUUGCUUUCGAGUCUAAUCACCAGAUAUAGCUCUCGUUGGCGGGAACUGGACAUUUGGUGCCCCGACUGGUUUCUGGCGACGUUGUUCCCGACGGUCGUAAGGGCAGUGUCUGACAUAAAUACAACCAUCCUCGACACUCUACGCAUCCAUGCGGUGUACGACCCAUAUCACCCUACCCGCGCUGUCUUUUCUGGAUACGCGGCAAUGGAGCCGGCUCCACGUCAUGUCUCAAUCUCUGGCGGUACGCUGCGAUUCGUGGACGUGCACGUAAACUGGCAGAACGCUACGCGUGUCGAUAUGGAAGGGGUGGAGCUCGCAGGAUGUGUUUACAUUCUUACACAUGCUUUGGGUUUGGAGGAUGUCAAGUUCAACCGUGUAUCUGUGAAUGAAACGGACGUUGGUAUGGUAUCCGUGGAAGGGCAAAUUCACACUACCCUCUCUUUCCUAACAUCGCUCCACCUCGACUUCACAUCCUCCUUUCUCCCAUCACACAACCCCUUGGACGACCUACUUUCCGUAAUCACGGCCCCUGCGCUCUCCAGGAUUUCCCUCAGUUUCGGUAUUCUUCGACCCCGCGCCCUUCUUCCCGCGAUCGCACUCAUCCGCCGCUCAGGGAGCGCAAUAUCUUCGCUUGCGAUUAGCCGAAAGUACGCUGGCUCCAGGGACAACGAACGAAAUAAUGACGAACACGCGCAACUCCUGGCGUUGCUCCGCGCUACGCCUGGCCUCCGCUACCUUGACGUUGGUGUUAAGUUCGGAUUUGGGGAGCCGCACCCGCAGGCAAGACUGAUAGGGUUACUCGUAGGCGAAGAAGAUAAGGUGGAUGGAGGAGAGGAAAAGAGAGAGUUGGAGCUCCCGUAUCUUGAAAUGGUGCACAUCGGGGUUGGCCGCAUCCGUCGCGUCAGCGAUGUGAGCUUGUUUGACUGGACGACUGUCCCUCGACUCAUAGGCUCUCUCAGGAUGAAUGGGAGGACUCAUCUGAGGAUUUCAUGGAUCAGGAAUGGUGUCGCGUCGGACGUCAUGCGGGCAGUGCCUUACUGGGAUCGGGAGACUGUGGUGCGUGUCAUGGAACUUCAGCGUUGGUAUGGUAGCUCAAGGCCCGGCGGUGAUGGGUAUGGGGAGAACGAUUGGAUUGAAUUAGAUACGAAAGAUACGAAGGGAGAGGUGGAUCUAUUCGAGGCUUCCGUUGAUUUUUACGGUCUGAGAGGAUAG